AUGUCAAACAAAACCCUUCUCCUCGUCGGCUCCGGCCCUGGUAUCGGCGUAGCCGUUGCAUCCCUCUUUGCCCAGCGAUAUUUCGACAACGUUGCUCUCUUCGCCCGAAACCCCGUCCAGCUGGAGAAAGACCGCGAGACCAUACUCGCUUCCGCAGCGAGCGUCAACUGCAUUGUCACCGUGCAGACCUGGCCGGUUGACAUUAGCGAUCUGCACCGUCUGGAAAAGGCGCUCGGCGAGGUCGCACGAUUCGGGGACCUGGAAUGUGUGUACUUCAAUGCGGCGCGGGUAGGGCCCAGUCCCUUCUUCGAGUUUCCGAUUUCGGGAAUUGAGGAGGAUUUCAAGGUGUCUAAUAUCGCUCUCUAUGCGGCAGCGAAAUGGGCGAUGCCCCUGCUGCGUGCGAAAGCAGCGAGCGGGACGGAUUGCCGACCAUCCUUCCUCGUCACAAGUAGCUUGCUCCCUGUUGAUCCCAUUCCGGAGCUUUUCUCGCUAUCUCUGGUGAAAGCCGCGCAGGCGAAUCUGGUCAAGUCGUUGGAGAAAGUAUUUACCCCGGAAGGUGUGCAUGUUGGCUUGGUGGUAGUGGGCGGGGCGGUGUCACCAUCAGCACCAGCGCUGAACCCAAGGAAUAUUGCGGAGCAUGCUUGGAAUUUAUUCGCGCAGAAAAGAGAGGAUUGGACAGGACAGGUGACCAUCCGGGAAGAGAAGAUGGUCGAUUGGGAGCCUUCCAUUUGA